AUGUUCCCGCCGCGCACGGCCUGGGCGGGACCAUCCCAGCAGGGCCGGGGGAGGGCCGCGGGCUGGACCAAGUCACGCCGCGGGGGCGAGGCAGAGCCCGGGGCCUGGCAGUGGUGCGCUGCGUUUCCAAAUGUCGUAAGCGAGAAGAGGAAUAAAUAUAUUGGCAGCAUUCAGCAUUCAGAGGACAAGCUGUUGGAAUACUUGGGAGUGGUGAUCUAUGAAGCCCUGGACUGGGGAAUUGACAGCCAGCUGGAGCGACAACUGAGUGGUCCUUUGGAGAAAUUGCUGUGCCUCAUGUUGAAACUGGAUGAUGAGCCAAUGAAACCAGAAGUCACCCUGCAGGAUGUUAUCAAGGCCUGUGAGGAGCACUUGCCCAGGCCUUCUGAGGCUACCAGACAUUAUGAAAUGACCUGUAGGAAUCUGUUUGCUGAAUAUAUGGAACUUCAAAAGCUUGUGACCAUCAUCCAAACCUCCAAAGAGCGACUGAGAAAAAUGGAUGUGGAAGAUUUGGUGGAAAAUCCCAUUCAAAAGAAGAAAAACUGUGGCGCAUCCCUGUGGCCCAGUGUCAUCAGUGAACUGCAGGCUGGCGUGAGGCUGCACAAGGCCAGCGAGCGACCACAGCGUUGUGUGCUUCCAAAAGAACGGAUCCGCUCUCCCUUUGAAUUGCUUUUGGAUGAUAUUCAGCACAAGAGGUACACCCUACGGAAGGUGACAAAAAACAAGGACCCCAAAGUUGAUGUAGCUGCUCCCAAGCCUCAUCUAAAGCUGGUGUUGGAGAGGCAGCUGAAAGAGUGUGUGCCAUGUGAGACCAGCUGGCAUGCGGUCAUGGUAGAAAUAAAACAACCACAGAAGCUUCAGUCAGCAGCAGCACAGGAAAAAGGGAGCAGGCCAAAAGAAAUGCUUUUGACACCAAAUACAGCCUUGAACUCUCCAAGUGACAGUUUUUUAACUCUCCAAGAUGCCAGUACUGAGUUUAAAGAUGUCAGCACUAAAACACAGCAGCUGGGACCAGGAGUUCAGGUAAGGCUUUAACUUGACUUACUCGGUUCUGGGAUUCAGAAACCACUUCCCAAGCUGCCUGACAGCGCCUGCCUUUCCUCCAGCAGGUCAUCGCUAGUAUCCUACAACAGCACAGGUCUCACUGCAAAUUCCCUGUGUCCCCCAUGUCCACCCACACUAGGAGACAUCAAACCCAAGAGUUUCCUGAAUACUGGCCAACAGCCGCCUCCUUACAGAAGAAGGUCCAAAUCUUUAGAGACAGGCCUUCAAAGCAAGGAACUUGACUGUCUCUCUCCUACCAAGUGGCCAUCACCAACCAUUGCUGAGCUGAUUGGAACCAGAUAUUCAGAGAUGGUGCUGAAAGGGCAAGACUUCUUCCAAAGAGGUGGUGAUGGUGUCUUUCUAAGAGCAAAGAUCUGUUUCAGCUGCCAUAAGCAGAUGUUUCUUAAGUGGCCUUACAACUGUUACCUCUGCAGCAGUGUUGUCUGCUGUGACUGCUGCAUCAAGAUGUCGAUGCCCUUCAGAACGUGUGUACAUCUUCCACUUCACUUCCUAAAACUUUUGAGACUCUCCAGAAAGGAUGACCCAGCUACUGAAGCGAAGAGCUCAGAGUUGCUACAUGAAAUAGAGCACGGGCAGUAUUUUGGAAAACGAACUAUUCCAAAGAGAGCUUUUGAUAGUUCUGAGUGGAAAAGACAGACCAUGUGUGUAUAAGUGCAAUAUCUAAGACUGAAAACAUACAUUAUCUCUUCUCUAUGUU